ACUCCGCGGCUUCAACUAUUAUUUACUACCCGAGGCCCCCCGCGAUACGUCAAAACGUCCCUCCCAAUAGCCACAGCAAACAAGAAGUUGCACCGCUCUUUUCCAACAACAUGUAGCAAGCUGCUGCAUGACAACAAUAGCUCUCGUUACUCUACCUAUUUGCAAACAAUUUGGAGGACAGUUAAGCUCUGUUUAUUGGCAGGCCAGACCACGUCCUGCUUCAAAGUCCCAGCUAGAGCAAGGAACUCAAGUCAAGUAACGCUUUCAACUGCGACAAAAUGCCUUCUUCUUUUCCCGAAUCCUACGCAGCGCUCCCCUUCCAGCAUAUCCGCCUCUCUCACAUCCCAGAGAGUUCCCCCACACCCACACCCGUCAUCCUGAUCACCCUGCACCGACCCGGCAAGAACAAUGCCUUCACAGGGAUCAUGGCCACGGAUCUCGAGACGGCAUUCGACCUGCUCUCGCACGACCCGCGCGUGAAAGCCAUCGUCGUGACCGGCGACGGCAAGAUGUUCUGCGCCGGCGCAGACCUUGACGGCGGUGCUGGGUUCGCGACGCGCGAUACGCCUCGCACACACCGCGACACUGGGGGGCGUGUGACCCUCGCGAUCCACCGGUGCACCAAGCCGGUCAUUGCGGCGAUCAAUGGGAGCGCGGUGGGCGUGGGUAUCACCAUGACGCUGCCGAUGAACAUUAGGAUCGUGAGCGAGAAGGCCAAGAUCGGGUUUGUGUUUGCGAGGCGAGGCAUCGUCAUGGAGGCUGCGUCGAGCUAUUUCUUACCGCGAUUGAUUGGCUUGAGUAGAGCGAUGCAUCUCGUCACCACGGGCGCCGUGUACCCCUCCACAGAUCCCUUACUGCGAGAUUUAUUCUCGGAGGUCCUCCCGCCUGAAAAGGUGUUGCCCAGAGCGUUGGAGCUGGCGGACGACAUCGCGAAGAAUACCAGUACCGUCAGCACUGCGCUGAUGAAGGACAUGAUGUGGAGGAAUCCGGGCUCGGCCGAGAAGACGCAUCUUCUGGAUUCGAAGAUCCUGUUGGAUUUGUUCAAUGGGAAGGAUCAGCAGGAGGGCGUGGAUUCGUUCCUGCAGAAGAGACAGGCUGCUUUCAAGGGCAACAUGGCGGAUAAUGCCCCAGCUGUUUGGCCUUGGUGGGAUCCUAUUGACACGGCCCCACCUGUCACAGUGGAGGACUUGAAAGCGAAACUCUGACAAUUGUAUGUGAAUGACAUAUAGCUAGGUUUGAUAAUGCAGCAAAUGUGGGCU